AUGUGUGGUGGAUGCUAUGCUCCUCCUCUCUUCCUUUUGCCCGUUAUUUUCGUGGUCGAGGGCUUUAACAGCAUUGGAAAAGGUAUUCGUUCCAUGGAUGAUCGAAUUCGUGAGAAUAACCUCAAAAUUGUAAACUUGUUCAAAACAAAAUCAAAAGAAAUUCAAACCUCUUCAAGUCGGAAUGUGGAUGAGAAGACUACACUCUCCAUUCAGGAAAUUAAGCAAAGCGCAUCUUUGAUGAAUAUGAGCGCUUCACAGAGGGACGAAUUGAUCAAAUUGCUCAUCCAUAGAAGUGUCGCCAAAAUUGAACAAGGUUCAUUCCAGGACGCCAAAGAAGACCUUGAACAGGCACUAGCAAUGAUACCCAAUGGUGAUCUCAAAUCAGAAACCAUGACCAUCUCAAAACAGUUCUAUUUGUCGGAAUAUCUUCUCGGCAUUUGUGAAGAAGGGUUAGGGAACUAUGUGGAGGCAGCUAAAAUGUUUUUGAAAGCCACUCAUCAUAGAGAAGAAACUCAACAGAUGCUUCACAAAAUACUUGGCAACGAUGCACCCCUUAUUGACAACAAGAUGGCCGAGUUGGAGCAUGAGUUCUUUAAAAUGCAAUUAGAGGCCAAACAACCAUUGGAAAGAGCAGCAAUGAGUAUUGGAAAAACAUGGACCGAUUUGAGCAAUUCAUUCGCCAACAUUGGAGGAAGUGUGAAGAAUUUUAUCAAUCAUGACAUGGGUCUCAAUGCAGAGAAGUCAGUGAUUCAUUCAAAACCAAAAUGUUUUAUUUCUACGGAAAUGUUGUAUAUUAGAGUUGGGUUGGCUUAUUAUCGAGGUGCUUUCUAUUCGGAUGCAAUUGUAUGGCUAAACAACGCCGUGGAGGAGGGUCAGAAAUAUGAGAGCCAUCUAUUGGAUCAAACUUUUUACAAUAGAGGUCUUGCUUUAUAUUUUUCGGGACAUGUGGACGAAGCGAUUAGAGAUUUUACAACAAGUAUCUCCUUAAUGCCCCUUACCAAACAAAGAGAACAAGUCUAUCUGAUGAGAGCAGCAUGCUAUGGUAGAAAAGGUCUGCUCAAACCACGAGAUGACGACAAUUUCAAAGCCAAGCUAAUUAAUCCAUUCUGCAAACCAGUUACAUUGUUCCAUUACAGACUACUAAAUGAUGAUUUGCUGCUACAUAUAUUUUCCUUCCUCAACACAAGACAGUUGAUUGUAUCAAGUGCUGCAGAUAGAUAUUGGAGAAAUUUGGUUCAACAGGUCUUUCUCACAUGUGAUGUCCAUUAUUGUGUCAAUAGUUUGAUUUCGAAUGAAAAGAUUUUUUAUGGAGGACAGGAUGCUAGGACAGGUAUUGAAAAGUUGUUCCUGCCAAGGCAACAGCAGUCUCCAACUGAUAUGAUACAGACUGUUUUUCAUCAUCCACUACUGUUGAAUUACGCGAAAAAUUUAAUUGUAUACCAGUCCUUCAAGGCGUCCUCUUAUAGUUAUGGUCUUCCAUCGUUAAUAGAAUUAGUUGCAAAGAACUUUAAAGGGCUUAAGAGAUUGACAUUUGUACAGCUUGACAAUCCGUUAGAAUUGGCUCAUGAUUUACGUACAAACUCUCCUCAAUUAAAAUAUGUAGAGUAUAGAGAAUACAUGCCAUAUGACACAACCAACAUUACAACCUUUAUCAAGAACUUGCCAAGCCUGGAGCAUUUGGUUGUUGAUACAAUUUUGUUUAUCAAAGAAACACGGCACGAAAACCAAAAUCCAUUUGAAGGAUGCUCCAAGCUGAAAUUGGUAGAGUACGUCAAGAUCGCACCAGAAGACAUUCAACGAUUCAAAGAACAGCACUCAGGGAUGGAUCCUCUACCAUCCUUUUUAACGUGGGAGGAGCUGGAAAAGAAGAAUCCACAUAUUACUUUCAGAACCAUUGCCCCUCGACCAAACCAGCUUUUGGAAUUCAACAAUGAAUAG